UCUUUACCUGAUAAAUAUGAUAGUACUAGCAGGGAUAAAUUUUGGUACCAAUGGUGGAUCAAGAAAAAUUUAUUUCAAGAUAAAGGUAAUAUGCAACGGCGAGCUGAUGAAACUGAAAGUAAGGAAUCUUUCACCAUGUUGCUUCCUCCACCCAACGUGACCGGCAAAUUACACGUAGGCCAUGCAUUAACAGUAGCAAUACAGGAUUCACUCGUCAGAUGGCAUAGAAUGAAGGGCGAGCGAACGCAAUGGAUUCCUGGCGUCGAUCAUGCCGGUAUCGCUACCCAAAGUGUAGUUGAAAGAGAUCUCAUGAAAGAGACAAGACAAGAUACUGUUGAAGCCAUCACAAAAUGGAAAGAUAAGCAUAGAAAUAUUAUUCUAGAGCAACUUUCUCACCUAGGUGGCUCCCUAGAUUGGAGUCAACUCAUUUUUACACUGGAUAAUAAUCAUUCUGAAGCAGUCACUGAAGCUUUUGUUCAACUUUAUGAAAAAGAAUUAAUAUACCGGGAUUUACGUUUUGUUAAUUGGAGUUGCCACUUAAAGACUGCGUUAUCCGAUAUUGAGGUUGACCACGAUAUUGUUGAACGUUCGACCAAAAUUGCAGUUCCAGGACUGGGAGAAAGUGUCACCGUCGGUGAAAUGCAUACCUUUCAUUAUCCAGUUGCAGAUGGUCAAUGUAGUAUUCCAGUUGCUACUACUCGUAUUGAAACAAUGCUUGGAGAUGUAGCUGUAGCUGUGCACCCAGACGAUGAUCGAUAUAAAAACCUGCACGGCAAGUUUGUAAUAAACCCGUUCAACCAUAGAAGAUUACCUAUCAUAUGCGACCGCGAGCUUGUCGACAUUAACAAAGGUUGUACGGGUGCGGUAAAAAUAACACCAGCUCAUGAUCCAAUCGACUACGCCUGUAGUCAACGACAUAAUCUUCCAAUUAUUGAAAUUUUGAAUGAAGACGGAACUAUGAAUGAUAAAUGUGGUUGCGAAAAUUUUAUUGCCCAACACCGUUUUAAAGUACGAAAUAAAAUUAUUUCUGAGUUAAAAGAAAAAGGUUUAUAUGCUGAAUGUAUAUCUUACCCUUCAACUGUCUUCAGAUGCUCAAGAUCUGGCGAUAUAAUUGAACCUAUGUUGAAACCUCAGUGGUACAUUAAAUGUGAUACCAUGUCAACUCGGGCACUGAACUUUGUCAGGGACGGCCUCUUAAAUAUUGUACCGAGAAAUUACGUUAACGAAUGGAACAGAUGGUUAGAGGACUCGCGAGAUUGGUGCAUUUCUCGUCAAUUGUGUUGGGGACACGAAAUUCCAGCUUGGAGGCUAACAGUUCCAGAUCUUGAAAUUUCAGAUCAGCAAUCUUGGUUUAUUGCGCGAAGUGAACGUGAAGCUUACACCAAAGCUAAAGAGUUUUUACAGGAAAAGGGAUACAAUUCUAAGUUUACGCUAGAGAAAGACAUAGACGUUUUAGAUACCUGGUUUUCAUCUGCUUUACUUCCGCUAUCGGCUGAUGGUUGGCCAAAUAAUAAGCGAAUGAACAAAUACCCUCUUUCCGUUAUGGAAACGGGAGCCGAUAUCUUAUAUUUCUGGGUGGCUCGAAUGGUUAUGUUGUGCAGUGAACUUACUGAUGGAAAUGAUUCCCCAUUUCCUACUGUUUAUUUACACCCUAUCGUGCGCGAUUCUAGAGGCCGUAAAAUGUCUAAAAGCCUUGGAAAUGCAAUCGAUCCAUUGCAUGUUAUCAAUGGAGUCAGCCUUAAUACCUUACAGUCAGCCCUGGACAAAAGUAGCCUGCCUCCAAGUGAAAUUCGAACAUCUAAACAACAGCUAAGCCAAGCAUUUCCCCAAGGUAUUGCUCCAUGUGGAGCUGAUGCCUUACGUUUGACUCUGCUACUGUAUAUGAAACAAGGGUCAGGAAUUAAUCUAAACAUAAAUCAACUCAUUUCGAACAGAAAUUUUUGUAAUAAGUUAUGGAAUGCAGCCAAAUUUGCUACUUUGUAUUUUCUACAUCAAGCCAGCCCGUCAAACGAAAUGAUUCUGUUGCAGGAACUAAAAUCUAAUUCGAAAUAUCUUAGCCAACUCGAUCUAUGGAUGCUUAGCCGGCUAACAGUAGCAACGGAAGCCUGCACACAUGGCUUACAGAAUUUUAAAAUGGACUUGUAUGCUGAAAGUCUAAUUCGCUUAGUCAGAAAUGAGCUUUGUGAUGUAUAUAUUGAAUUUAUGAAGUAUUCGAUUAUUAGGGAUUCAAGUUCUGAAUCCAGCUACUGGAGUAAAUGCGUUCUAUACCACAUCUUAAGCAAUAUCCUACGUUUAGCGCAUCCAGCAAUACCUCACAUUACGGAAGAACUAUGGCAUUUCUUACCUAACGCU